UCCAUCUGCGUGGACGUGCGUCAGUACGGCAUCAUCCCCUGGAACGCUACGCCGGGGAAAGCCUGUGGAUCCACGCUGGGGGAUAUCUGCACCACCAGUGAGUUCUACCUGUCCUACCACCUGUACAUCGUGGCGUGUGCUGGAGCUGGCGCCACGGUCAUUGCACUGAUCCACUUCCUCAUGAUUCUGUCCGCCAACUGGGCCUACCUUAAGGACGCCUGCCAGGCGCACGCCUACCAGGACAUCAAAACGAGAGGGGAGCAGGAGCUGCAGGACAUCCAGUCGCGCUCGAAGGAGUGCCUCAACUCGUACACAUAAGGGUUUAAACCAAACCAGCCCCCCCCCCUAUACACCCCCCACCCCGUCCCAUCCCACCCCCCUCAACUCGU